CACUUUUUAGUGUUUCUUAUUGAUCAUGUCGUCUCUUGUGAAGCACUCGUCAGAGAGUUCGGAGGAAGUAACAACAUCAAGGGUGCUCACUCGACGAGCAAGCCGGUCAGCCCAUUCGGGAUCACCCAUCAUGAAUCCCAAGGACAGCUUAGAAACAGAAGAUCCCUCCUCUCUCUCACCCGACCAUAUAGCUACUACCAGUUCUGCCAACGCGCGAUCUCAGUCCGCAGAUUCCAUUAAUGAGCCACAGCCAAGAAAAAGACGGCGCAAAACAAAAGCCCCUAUCUACAAGAAGAAAGAAACACACUCCAAAGCCCCUGGCCGAGACGAUACCGAUAGAGAAACUCGCCAUACAUCCCAACGCAUGUCUAAAGAAGCAAGAGAAGCCAAGAGAGCUGAAAGAGAUGCUGUAAUAAAAGAAAGAUUGGCUGAAUUAGACAAAAUCGAAAAAGCGGUUAAAGACCACAGCCAUCCUGACUAUCAUCGUUUGAUGGAAGAUAUGAAAGUCAAACAUGAGCAGAAAAGACUAGCUAUUGAAUCGCGCCACGAUCUCAUCGAGAUGAAUAUUAAAAACGCACUGACCUGCCAGCAUAAGAUGGCCUAUGACCAGUUUUAUUGGGACAAGUUGGCUCUCCGACGGUCCAUGAUUCAACAAGUUCAGCAAAAGAUCAAUAUACUUGAACAAGAAUACUACUCCCAUGGCCAAGGUGCACUUGACAACCAGCACUUGACUGAGUGGGUACCACCCGAACGACCUCUGAUGAUAAAUAUCCUUUUUCCGUCCUAUAGUAUUACUGCAAAUGAAAAAUAUUUUGCCAAUUAUCACUUUGUUAGCCUUAAUUCACCUCCAAUACGCUCCGAGAUAGUAGGUCUUUCAGAAGACGAAGCCAACAACGACCUUCAAUUAGCACGCGCAAGUAGUCCAAAGAGUUCUGCCUCUGUCUCCCCUGACAUGGUCUAUGCCUCUUAUCAUUACUCGAGCCACACAGCAUCUCCACCACAGCCGGCCCAUCCCGAGACACAUCACAACAGUAAUAAUCACAAAGAAUCUCCUCAUACUACUUCUACUCAGCAACAAACUCCUCCAGGCCUCGUCUCUCCUCCUCUUGAUAUCGUCGAUCCUUACCACCAAACCUACCACGAUCCCUUACGAUAUGAGCGAAACGACCCCACAAGGGAACCCCAGGUCAAAUUACCUCCUCUUCGGCCAUGGCAAUUUGACUCAUCUGCUAUCUAA